AUUGUUAGACUUUAGACUUUUUGAGCAAUAAGAGCUGUGUAGGAAUCCUUCUGUGAACCAGAGAAAUAAUAAAUGCUGAGCCCUUUGGAACAUAAUCUCAAUCAGCAAGAUGCCACUGCUUUCCAGAUUUUCUCACAGGGCCCUGCUAAUUCCAUGCCAAAACUAGCUGUGGAUAUCUUCCUUCUAAUCUCCCCUAGUGCCUUAUUCGAUUAUUGUCACUGCUCUCCGACCAUACACUGUCUCUUCAGACUCUCAUUUCCCAAUUGAGUCUACCAGAGGAGGCUGAGUGUCCAUCAGGAUGUAGUCUAAGACCACAAGCCACCUUUUUCCACACGAGAAGACAGAAGCAAGAACAAGAGAGUAAAGGGAACCUUCAAAGUUUUGCUGGCAACCUCUUCAUCUACAGAUUACUGGCUGGAUGCAAACAGGGAAAAGAGAUAUGAGGGGUCUGGAUGAUUACUCUAGUUGAUUGGCAAAGGGGAGCUUGUUAAGAGGGAGGAGAACCUAGGAGGAGGGUGAACUGGACGUUGCAGUGCACUGCAGGAUGGCGUCGCCUCUGCCCUUGUUAUAUAUUAUUCUAUGGGUAGAAAAUACCCUAGGGAAACUUGAAGAUGAAGGAAACUUCUACUCCAAAAACAUCAGUCGGAUCCUGGACAACUUGCUUGAAGGCUAUGACAAUCGGCUGCGGCCAGGAUUUGGAGGUGCUGUUACUGAAGUCAAAACAGACAUUUAUGUGACCAGUUUUGGGCCUGUGUCAGACGUGGAGAUGGAGUAUACAAUGGACGUUUUCUUCCGCCAGACUUGGACUGAUGAGAGGUUAAAGUUUGGGGGACCAACUGAGAUUUUGAGUUUGAAUAACCUGAUGGUCAGUAAAAUCUGGACACCUGACACUUUUUUCAGGAAUGGCAAAAAAUCAAUUGCACACAAUAUGACAACCCCUAAUAAACUCUUCAGAAUAAUGCAGAAUGGAACCAUUUUAUAUACCAUGAGGCUUACCAUCAAUGCUGACUGUCCUAUGAGGCUGGUUAACUUUCCUAUGGAUGGGCAUGCUUGUCCACUCAAGUUUGGGAGUUAUGCUUACCCCAAAAGUGAAAUCAUAUAUACAUGGAAGAAAGGACCACUUUACUCAGUCGAAGUCCCAGAAGAAUCUUCAAGUCUCCUCCAGUAUGAUCUGAUUGGACAAACAGUAUCUAGUGAAACAAUUAAAUCUAACACAGGUGAAUACGUAAUAAUGACAGUUUAUUUCCACUUGCAAAGGAAGAUGGGCUACUUCAUGAUACAGAUAUACACUCCUUGCAUUAUGACAGUCAUUCUUUCCCAGGUGUCCUUCUGGAUUAAUAAGGAGUCUGUCCCGGCAAGAACUGUCUUUGGGAUCACCACUGUUUUAACCAUGACCACAUUAAGCAUCAGUGCCCGGCACUCCUUGCCAAAAGUGUCAUAUGCAACUGCCAUGGAUUGGUUUAUAGCUGUUUGCUUUGCUUUCGUCUUCUCCGCUCUUAUUGAAUUUGCGGCUGUCAACUAUUUUACCAAUCUUCAGACACAGAAGGCCAAAAGGAGGGCACAGAAUGCAGCCUCACCCCCAGUUACAAUAUCAAAAGCAACUGAACCCUUGGAAGCUGAGAUUGUAUUGCAUCCUGAUUCCAAGUAUCAUCUGAAGAAAAGAAUCACCUCUCUGACUUUGCCAAUAGUUCCAUCCCCUGAGGCCAGCAAAGUCCUCACAAGAGCUCCCAUCUUGCAAUCAACACCUGUCACACCCCCACCACUCUCUCCAGCCUUUGGAGGCACCAGUAAAAUAGACCAGUAUUCUCGGAUUCUCUUCCCAGUUGCAUUUGCAGGAUUUAACCUUGUAUACUGGGUAGUUUACCUUUCCAAAGACACAAUGGAAGUGAGCAGCAGUGUUGAAUAGCUUGCAGCCAAGACAACUUGUAUUCUAUAAAGCUAGAGAGAAGACUUUCCUUAAGUAUGAAGAAAUGAAGAGACUACCUCUACCCAGUGUUAGUGUCCCUGGUGAUUCUAAGAAGUAGAAGGUGCGGCACAGGCAGGAUCAGUCAUCUGGCUCUAAACAAAGCACCUGGGUGGCUCAGCAGUUGAGCAUCUGCCUUCGGCUCAGGUCAUGAUCCCGGGUCCUGGGAUCGAGUCCCACAUCAGUCUCCCUGCAGGGAGCCUGCCUCUGCCUCUGCCUAUAUCUCUGCCUAUCUCUCUGUGUGUCUCUCAUGAAUAAAUAAAUAAAAUCUUUAAAAAAAUAGAGUCAUGUUUGUAUUCAGAGUCAAUCUUUCGUCUCCUUCCUGCUCACUCAAUACACUUUCAGUUAUAAGAUGAAUACAGUCUAAGUAAUAUAUAACAUGGUAACUAUAGUAUAACUCUCUAUUGUAUGAUUGACAGUCAGUAACAGGGACACCUGCGUGGCUCAGCAGUUGAGCAUCUGCCUUUGGCUCAGGGCGUGCUCCUGGUCCCAGGAUGGAGUCCCACAUCGGGCUCCCUGAGAGAAGUCUGCUUCUCCCUCUGUCUAUGCUUCUGCCUCUCUCUGUGUGUGUCUCUCAUGAAUAAAUAAAUAAAAUCUUAAAAAAAAAAAAAGUCAAUAAGAGAGAACUUAAAUGUUCUCAGGGGGAAAAAAAAAACACCUAAAAGGUAAAUAUGUAAGUUAAUGGAUAUGUUAAUUGACUAACUCAAUGGAGGGGAUCAUUUCCUAAUGUAUUCAUAUAUCAAAUCAUCACAUUGUACAUUCUAAAUACCUUGCAAUUUUAUUUGUCAAUUA